UUCAUUCAUCUCCUCAAAUACCUCUCUCACAUUCUUCUCUUCCCAAACCCCAACUCAUAACAAAUUCCUUUGCCAAAUCAUUCUGUACUUCAAUGGAUCAACGUGAAGAAGGCAAACAGCAACCAUCCCAGAAAACACCAUCACACAAUAAUCAGCUUGACCCAGUUGAAAGUUCUGACAAUGUUGCUCCAGAAAAUGUUUUGCAGGAGCAAAGUGGCACAUUCACAACGUUUGCAUCAUUAGAAAGUGGAAGUGAGAGUGAUUCCUCUUUCGAUGAACAUGAUGAGGAUUCUGAGUUUUUUCUGAGCCAGGAGUUUGAAUCUGAACUUCAGUUUCUUGAGAGUGAAGGGAGCAAUGAUGAUGAUGAUGAUGAUGAUGAUGAUGAGGAAAUGGAGGAAGAUGAGAUCGAUGUGGAUGAGUUGACCUACGAGGAGUUGAUUGAGUUGGGAGAUUUUAUAGGGCGAGAGAAGAGAGGAUUAUCAGGAAGUGAAAUUUGUUCAUGCUUGCAUUCAUACACUUUUCAUUCUGCAGAAAGCAAAAGUGGAGUUGAUCUUUGUGUGAUUUGCCAGGUUGAAUAUGAAGAAGGUGAAGCCUUGGUAGCAAUUCAGUGUGAGCACCCUUAUCAUACAGAUUGCAUAACCAAGUGGCUUCAGAUUAAGAAGGUUUGCCCUAUAUGUAACACUGAAAUUUCUGCUCCCAAGAUAGUUAGUUAAUUAAGAAUAAUACUUGGAUUUUAGAUAGUGUCAUAUUUAUGCUUCCUUAAUUUGUUCAAUCUAAAUUUGAAUGAAAAUAUAGUUGAGGAAAUAAAAGCUGCACCCAUAAGCUUUGUAACAUUGUAAAUAACACAAGUUUGAUGUUUCAUAGAUACAAAUGGUUUCAAAUCAAAUUAUA